AUAUCUCUACUUUCUAGUGCCACGCUCCUUUCCCCUUAUCCACCACUCCACAGCUCGGAAAUGCUCCCUAAACCCCUGCAGCUCAUCAAUGGCGGCAAAACCCACUUCUCGGCGUUGAGUCCCAUUCCUUCUUAGUGUAUCACUCCACUGGAAAUCCCGACCAAUGGAGCUCUAUUCUUCCUUCUUGCACCACCACGCAUCCCCGCCUUCCGAUUUGUCGUUCUCAUCCUCGUUUUCGCCAUUCCCGCUCCACGCCCACCUCCAGAGCCUCAAAUUGAACCGACCCUUCUCGCCGAAAUUCAAUCUUUGCGCCGUCGCCGUCGACCCCCAGAAGGAGCUCCCCCGGAACAGCCCCCAGAGGCUGCUCAAGGAGCUCGCGGAGCGCAAGAGGGCGACCUCCCCAAAGAAGAAGGUUCCUCCUAAGAAGUUCAUCCUCAAACCUCCCCUUGACGACAAGAGAUUAGCCGAGAGGUUCCUCAACAGCCCUCAGCUGUCCCUCAAGUCAUUCCCUCUGCUGAGCUCUUGCCUGCCGUCUUCGAGGCUGAACGCAGCCGACAGGGCUUGGAUCGAUGAGUACCUACUGGAGGCGAAGCAGGCUCUCGGGUACCCCAUGGAGCCUUCGGAGAGUUACGGGGACGAUAACCCGGCGAAGCAGUUUGAUACGCUUCUGUAUUUGGCGUUUCAGCACCCGUCCUGUGAGAGGACCAAAGCUAGGCACGUGAGGAAUGGGCAUUCGAGGCUCAUGUUCCUAGGGCAAUACGUGCUCGAGUUGGCGCUCGCAGAGUUCUUCUUGCAGAGGUAUCCGAGGGAGUCUCCGGCUCCAAUGAGGGAGAGGGUGUUUGCCUUGAUUGGGAAGAGGAAUUUACCCAAGUGGAUCAAGGCUGCUAGCUUACAGAAUCUAGUGUUUCCUAAUGAUGACAUGGAUAAGCUGAUGAGGAAGGACCGGGAACCUCCUGUUAAGUCUGUCUUUUGGGCAUUGUUUGGAGCAAUAUACUUGUGUUUCGGUAUGCCUGAAGUGUAUCGCGUCCUUUUCGAAGUUUUUGGGAUGGACCCUGAUGCGGAGGAUUGCCAACCAAAAAUCAGGAGACAACUCGAGGACGUGGAUUAUGUUUCCGUGGAAUUUGAGAGCAGGAAGCUAAGCUGGCAAGACAUUGCUACUUAUAAGCCUCCUGAAGAUGCCUUGUUUGCACACUCGAGGCUUUUCAGGGCAUGUGUUCCCCCAGGAAUUCACAGAUUCCGAGGAAACAUUUGGGAUUAUGACAGUAGACCCAAAGUCAUGCAAGCUCUUGGGUAUCCCUUAAAUAUGCCUGAUGGAAUUCCCGAGAUAACUGAAGCUAGGAACAUUGAACUUGGACUUGGGUUACAGCUAUGUUUCUUGCAUCCAUCAAAAUACAAGUUCGAUCAUCCUCGAUUCUGCUAUGAGCGGUUAGAAUAUGUCGGCCAAAAGAUUCAGGACUUGGUGAUGGCCGAGAGGUUGUUAAUGAAGCAUCUCGAUGCACCUGGAAAGUGGAUCCAGGAGAGGCACCGGCGGCUCCUCAUGAACAAAUUCUGUGGUAGAUACCUGAGGGAGAAGUACCUCCAGCACUACGUCAUCUACUCCGAGCAGGUCCAGGACUCUUACGAGACCAACCGGAGGCUGAGGAACCCUGCUACCACAGCUGUUCAGCAAGCCAUCCACGGCCUUGCUUACAUGGUCUAUGGGAAGCCUGACGUGAGGAGGCUGAUGUUCGAGGUUUUCGAUUUUGAGCAAAUACAACCCAAAGCUGUCUGAUGGAAACAUUUCGUCAGAUUUCAGAUCAUUUGAUAAAGUAUGUCGAAUAUAAUCUCUCUUCAGCUUCCUUUCCAUUUGUUUUUCCUCUUCUUUUCCUUUUUUUAUACAUUAGAGCUCAGUAAUGUCGAUUUUUUUGAGAUAGUAAGUAACAAAAAGAAAUUUACAA